UCACCAGAACUGGUCCUAUUGGUGGACAAUUAGUUUACGUCAGAAUGCCCUUUAAUGUUUACAGUUUUAAUCAUUUAAUUAUUUACAAGAAGGACAUGGGAGAUACAACAGGUUUAUCCAAUACUGAGGCAAAAGAGAUUUGCAACCCACCAGAUCCAGAAACAAAAGAAUUUAUAUUCCAACAAACUAUGUAUCGCAUUAAGGAUCCACGGCGAUCAUUAGAGUUUUAUACAAAGGUUUUGGGAAUGACACUAUUACAGAAGUUGGAUUUUCCAGAGAUGAAAUUUUCUUUAUAUUUUAUGGGAUAUGAAAAAGCUGAAGACAUUCCAUCAGAUCCUAUAGCACACAGUGAGUGGACAUUCUCAAGGAAGGCAACUCUUGAACUCACUCAUAAUUGGGGAACUGAAAGUGAUCCUGAUUCAGAAUAUCACAAUGGGAACUCAGAACCACGAGGGUUUGGCCAUAUAGGAGUUGCUGUUCCUGAUGUUGACAAAGCGUGUGAAAGAUUUGAGAAACUUAAUGUGGAAUUUGUAAAGAAGCCUAAUGAUGGUAAAAUGAAAGGAAUUGCCUUUAUUAAAGAUCCUGAUGGCUAUUGGAUUGAAAUCUUGAGCCCGACAGGAAUGGGGAAGUUGCUUCAAUAGUUUGAUUUCUUUCAAGAUCUGAAAAUAUUGGUAUACAGCAAACAUGAUUAUAGGCAGGUAUAUCAAGAUGAUUUCCUUGUAAAAUCAGAUUAUAAACAAGUUCCAUCAUAAACAUAAUCAAAUAAUUACUGCAGUACCGUGACUUAAGAAAUGGUGAGACAUCAUGGUAAUAUAUUUAGUCCUACCUUACUUUCUCAGUCAACAAAUGGUUUAACAUGCACCAUUUGUUUGCAGUUAUUAAUAUUACAUUUAUCAGUUCCUCUUUGUGAGACUUCUGUUAGAUAAUUUCUGCAAUUUAAAUUUUAAAUUAGGUGGGAUCUCUUUACAUUUUGACCAGUUGGAUGAUGAGGCAGUCAGAACUAAUGGAAACCUUGUUGUAGCCCUUUCAAAUUGUAAACUUCUGUAUGUAAUAUAUUGUGUAGUUUAUUAUAUGAGCUGUCAGAAAAAUUUAUUAUAUGAUCCAUAGUCCAUUGUAACAUGAUUUUAUACCAUGACAGUAAAAAAAAUACUGUUUCAGUUAAGGCCAGUCUUGUACUUACCAAUGUGUAGAGUAUGGACAGUGGUAAGGUAUUGUGCCAUAAACUCAUUUCUAACACAUUCAUUGCCAGGCUUUUUUUUUGUGUGUGUUGGCUGAACAACCAUCCUAAACAAACUGAUUGUUUCCAGCUGUAAAAAUAAACAAUUCCAUUGAAAAUGAGUAUUUUGGUUUCUCAAAGCUUUUGUUAUUGUCUUUGAAAUAUUAGUGGUAUUUGAAUGGUGAAAUGUUUUAUCAACUAAGUGAAGUUGUUGUAAGCCAUCUUUGGUUGAAGAACAUCCGUCUUCAUUGGCAGUGAAUGUGUUCGUUUUGUUCACUGGGGAGGUUAUAAAGUUGUGGGAUUUUUGUACUUUUUUUACACUCAAUAAUAUAAGUAAAAGUAUUUAAAAAACAUUAAACCAAGAGAGGUCACUAUGUUUUAUAAAACAAUGAGCAACAUUCAGUCAUGAAUGACAUCAUUUGGUUUAAGCAUAUUAAAAGUAGUGAGCAUUUAUAUGCAUAUGUGUUUUUCACAUAGGCUAGAAAAGUGAACACUGCAUUAUGACUUGUGUAUGAUGUCUGGCAGAGUAAGGAAAGCUGAGGGAUCACCUUUUGGAGGAACCUAACACUGAGCAGUGAUUUGCUGUGUUAUAAAAGUAAGGAAUUAUGCAUAUUUUAUGACUUGAUAGUGACUUCAGAAAUUGUGGGAUAUUGCCAGUAUAUUUUAGUAGUAUUUCAAGAGAUAAACAAAAGGAGGUAGCAGUUUGCAACAAAUCACCUUGAAGUGAGCCUGAUAGGUAUAGUUAUGUCAGGCAGCCAGUAAAUCCAGAUUAAAAUAAGAAAAUAGGCAAUGACAGUUAUUACAGUUCUCAUUUGUUCUCUUCAUUAUCUGUUGGAUGUUGCCAUUUAAAAAUCUGUCAGUAAACAACAUUCUGAAAGAUUUUCUUAUUAUAUCACCAUUAUGAUUUUUGUGUUGAACACCUUCAGCAAUGCUGAUAUAUCUAAGCUGAAUUAACGUUACAGUACCAAGACUGAUUAAGUUGGUGGUAAAAAAUAAUCGUGCAUCUUCAAUGUUAAUUAGCUUGAUCCUCCAUAUCUCUCAUUCAUCAUUUCAGUUUGCUACAUGCAGCUAUGUUAUCUGGUAGUAGAGGCAGAAUCUCUGCCAGCAGUGGUGGGAAAUGUAAAUAUUUAAAUCUGAGUAUUAUAUAGAUGUUGUAGUCACUCUUUUAUCUCAGUUUGUGUUUGGACGUAUAAUAAGGGUGUUGAUUUGAUGAUAACUGGUACCUGUAUGGAUUCAGAAUAAUACUGAUAAAACUUUUAAUUUAAAAGAAA